AUGCACUUCACGGGCUUUAGAUGCAUCUUUUUCCCAGCCCGGGAAGCUGUUCCGUUCUCCAGCGAACACCACUUACUACCUAACGACUGUUCCCCCAUGGACCUAAAUGCUGACCCUUUUCACAAGACGGUGCUGAAAGCGAAGAAGGAAGUUCCUGACCCUCCUAAAGCCGAAGCCAAAGCGAAGGUUUUAAAGGCCAAGAAGGCAGUGUUGAAAGGUGUCCACAGCCACAAAAAAAAGAUCCACACAUCCCCCACCUUCCGGCGGCCCAAGACACUGCGACUCCGGAGGCAGCCCAAACAUCCUCGGAAGAGCGCCCCCAGGAGAAACAAGCUUGACCACUAUGCCAUCAUCAAGUUUCCGCUGACCACUGAGUCGGCCGUGAAGACGACAGGAGACAACAACACACUUGUGUUCACGGUGGAUGUUAAAGCCAACAAGCACCAGAUCAAACAGGCUGUGAAGAAGCUCUAUGACAUUGACAUGGCCAAGGUCAACACCCUGAUUCGGCCUGAUGGAGAGAAGAAGGCAUAUGUUCCACUGGCUCCUGAUUACGAUGCUUUGGAUGUUGCCAACAAAAUUAGGAUCAUCUAAACUGAGUC